AACUACAUACAUAAAUACAUAUAUAGUAGCACUGUCAGAAUUGACCUGCUGAUAAAUUAAUUGCAAUUUAUAAGAAUAAAUAACAGGAUUGAGCAAUAUGACUGGUAUCAUGGACACAGUUGAAAUGCCAAAAUUGCCCGAAAACCAAAAAUCAUUCGCCGGCAUACCAGAAGCAAUAUUUCUCGAGGAAAUUGAUUCGUUUAUGACACAGCCAGAGAACGAAAAUUGUGAAAAGGUGUUGCACCGGCUGGACGAGCAGCAUGCAAAGUAUCGCUUAAUGGCAUUCAAUCUGGAGGCGCGUCGCCGUAAGCUGAAAUCGCAAAUACCCGACUUGGAGCGUUCGUUGGAAAUGGUGAAUGUGCUACGCACUGAGAAUGAGGAACGUGAGACUCAAUUCCUGCUUAGUGAUCAGGUGUUUAUCAAGACACUUGUGCCUCCAACCAAAACGGUUUAUCUCUGGCUUGGAGCCAGCGUUAUGCUGGAAUAUCCCUUGGAUGAGGCAGAGGAGUUGUUAAAGCAAAAUAUUACAACGGCUGUGAGCAAUCUAAAGACCGUGGAACACGAUCAAGAUUUUCUCAGAGAUCAAAUUACCACCACUGAGGUGAACAUGGCGAGAGUAUACAACUGGGGCGUUAAAAAGCGGCAGGCCGCAGCUAAAACCAAUACCAAUAGUGCAUCAUCCUAACUAUUACUGUGAACAAGUUAUAAACUAGGCAAAUGCUUAUUCGCGCAUGUUUGUAUCUCACGUAUUAUUUAUUUUAAAUAGUUCGCAACAUUAUUGUCAUUCAAUUACAAAAUGCCCGGUAAAAGAACAGAGAAUUCGCAGUGCUUUUAAUAAUAGUUUAUAAAGAAAUCAAAACUGACAGCGCCGAUUGCAUUUUUCACUUU